AUGUGUCAUUGCGUGGGGCUGUCACUUUUAUACAUCAAGGGUGCCCGUUACCAGGGAGGCAACAGCCUGCUCUUGGCAGCAGCAAAUCCUCCAGAGGAAGUGCCCACACCCUUGGAAGACGAGAGAGAGAGCAGCUCUUGUCCCUCUUGUCGCUCCCGGAGGCCAGCAGUAUCCUCUCUCCUCCGUGUCCAGAGAGGGUCGUUUUUACUGUUCAUAGGAAGGCAGGGUUUCAGGAGGGGUGAAGGUGCACGGGCUAUUCAGGAAGAAGAGGGGAAACUGAUAACGCUUGGGAAGGGCAUCCGACCCUCAAAUCACUCACCCCGUCAACCCAAAGCUGGAGGAGACCGUGCCGGUAGGAGGGCAGGCGUGCCACCCGGGGCUGCCCACGUGGCUUCUGCCCACCUGUGCUUUCCAGCUUGGAAAAUAGGUCCCAAGAGGUCUUCAGCAGCGAAAGACGAGCCGGGCUGGGCCGGCUGCUCUGUCAUGUCCAACGGAAGCCAUGGAGGUGGGGAGCCGCUGGGAGGCUGCUGUCGAAAAGGAGCUGCUCAUGUUACAGGGCAGUUUCCCAGGGAUGCUGGCCCUGGCAGGAGCAGCUCAAGCGGGGCAGACAGGAGCAUCUUCAAGAGGGCUCGUCCUCUCGGUCUGAGCUUCGGCAGCCGGACCAUGGGCGGCCACAGCGGGCUAGCUGGCUGUCAUGUUGGGGUUCCCGUUCACAGCCUUCUUUGUCUCACUGUUUAAAACCCUCAGUAGAACUUUUUUGCAGAGUGGUACCGGGCAGGGGGUGCUUCCUUGGAAGGAAUUUCAAAGCAACCUGGAUUGGCAAAGGGCAUGCAGAGAGCUAGUCACUCUUGAAUGUGAGUAAACAAUGGGG